AUGGUGGCAUGCUGGGGCAGCCCGGUGCGGGUAGGGGGGCGGGGGGACGCUGGCCCUUCCUCUCACCCUCAUCACCCUCCCUCCCCUCCCGCUGCGCUCCGAGGACAGGCUCUGCUGGGGAAACAAUCAACACACUUACCCAGGAGCCAGGCCAUUUCCUCCUGCUCCAUACACCGUGCCAAACACGCUCGGAUCUGCGGGCAUCCUGAGGAUCCAAUGAUCACAGGGCAGCUGAGCAAGCCGCUGCUCCCCCUCAGAGCAGAGAUGGAAGGCGCGGAGCUGCAGGAGGACGAGAGGGCUGCCAGCCCGGACAGCGAGACCAACGACGAGCCCCUGCUGCUGCCGCCGGAUGCUGACGACAACGACAAGCUGUACGGUGUUAGAGGUGGUUCAGUCCAGUCUGAUGCGAGCAGUAGCCCUUCUGAGCAUGGACACAUGGGCCAGUCUCAUCCAGCUUACCCCGUUGGACCACAGUCUCUGCUGGUGGCGCAGCAGCUGGCCUCGGCGGUGAGUGGAGUGAUGUCGGGCGGAGCUCCGGGUCUGAACCAGCCCAUCCUCAUCCCCUUCAAUGCGGGCGGUCACCUGGGUGGGCAGCAGGGCCUGGUCCUCUCUCUGCCCACUGCGGCUAAUAUCCAGGGCCUGGUGGCCGCCGCAGCCGCCGGAGGCAUCAUGACACUCCCUCUACAGAACCUGCAAGCUACCUCAUCUCUCAACUCCCAGCUUCAGCAUCUUCAGCAUCUCCAACAAAUACAGCAGCACCACCAGCAGCAGCAACAACAUCAACAACAACAACAACAGCAACAGCAGCAGAGAGAACGAGAGCAGCGAGAGAGAGAGCAGCAGCAGCAGCAGCAGCGCGAUCGAGAGCAACACUGCAUCCCGGCCCACCUCCAGAAGCCCAAUCAGCUGCCGCACCAUCAUCAGCUGACUCCGCCCAUCCAGACACAAGCCUCUGGUCCCUCCACAGGAACGGCAUCUUCUUGUACUUCCUCCGGCCACGGUCCGGCUCCGCCUCCGCAGUCUCCGCCCUCUCACAGGCCCAACCAAUCACCAGCUCGCAGCCUGCCCUCACCGGUCACGCCUCCGCUGCCACUGCAGCUCAACCCUUUAGCCAGCCAGGCAGCAGUUGCUGCUGCGGCAGCGAUGGGCUCCAUUGCUGGCUCACAGGUGUUUGGCAACGCUCUGCCCAGCCUGCAGGGGGUCACAGGCCAACUGGUCACCAAUGCACAGGGACAGAUAAUUGGGACAAUCCCACUGAUGCCAAACUCUGCAGGACCCUCCAACCAAUCGGGCGGCGGGACACCUUCACUACAAGUCCAGCCAAUCACGCCGCAGCUGCUGACCAAUGCGCAAGGUCAGAUCAUCGCCACGGUGAUUGGGAACCAGAUUCUGCCCGUCAUCAACACCCAGGGAAUCACGCUGUCACCAAUCAAACCCGGACAGCAGCUGCCCCAGGCCCCCCAGGCCCAGCCGACUCCCCCGGUGUCUCAGCCAGGCCUGCUGCGAAUGCCCCACAGCCAGAGCCCUCUGCGCCAGGCCUCUUCUUCCUCCUCAACAUCAUCAUCCUCGUCCUCAGCUCUCAGCGUGGGACAGCUGGUUAGCAACCCUCAAACUGCCCCCAGCGAAGUGGACGGGGUAAAUCUGGAGGAGAUCCGGGAAUUCGCCAAAGCGUUCAAAAUUCGCCGCCUGUCUCUAGGCCUGACACAAACUCAGGUGGGCCAGGCCCUCAGUGCUACGGAGGGGCCUGCCUACAGCCAGUCUGCCAUCUGCAGACACACCAUCCUGAGAAGCCACUUUUUCCUACCACAGGAAGCCCAAGAGAACACUAUAGCUAGCAGUCUGACAGGCAAACUGAACCCUGGCCUUUUAUAUCCUGCCAGGUUUGAGAAGUUGGACAUCACCCCAAAAAGCGCCCAGAAGAUUAAGCCUGUGCUGGAGCGCUGGAUGGCCGAGGCGGAAGCCCGCCAUCGCUCCGGCAUGCAGAACCUGACCGAGUUUAUCGGCAGCGAGCCCUCCAAAAAGCGCAAGCGCCGGACCUCUUUCACCCCGCAGGCCCUGGAGAUCCUCAACAGCCACUUUGAGAAGAACACACACCCCUCCGGCCAGGAGAUGACCGAAAUCGCGGAGAAACUGAACUACGACCGGGAGGUGGUGCGCGUCUGGUUCUGCAACAAAAGGCAGGCGUUGAAAAACACAAUAAAAAGGUUGAAACAGCCGGAACUCGGACCGGUGGCACCCAUGGACCCUCUGACCGACACCUUGGAAGAACACCCUUAGCUUAAGCCGGACCGGUAUCUGAUGUGAGUGCCGAACCACGUACCAAUGUCUAAACCACCGACCGACCGGACACUAAAGACCAGGACGUUUCCUACCCGUCGUAUCGCGACGGACUGUCAACAAGGAUAGCGAACAGAAAUAUUAUUAGCAACAGUGAAGUGACAGUGAGAGACUUAAGCAAAAC